GCUACUUGGUGUUAUAUAAGUUUUACAAACAAAUUUUUUAUUGUAAACAAAUUUUAAGUAUAAAUAAAAAAUUCUUGUAUAAUUUUUAGCAGACUGCAAGCGCAAAGCUGACGAAAUGGCUUCAAUUGUGGGCUAUACACCCAAAGCUGGGAUUGAAGAGAGCGUGCCCGUUUGGUUGAAGAUCGACUGGAACGACGAGGUGCUGCAUAAUAUCUAUAGAGACUGGGCCACUUACUACUCGAACAGAAGACGCGAAACUUUUGCUUUGCACUACUACAAUAAGGCGCUGGAGUUGAAUGGCCUGGACGACGAUACGUUAUAUAGACGCAGUCAGGCUAAGCGCAAAGCGGCGCAAAUAGAAGGAGCGCUGCAGGAUGCCAGAGCGGCUUCAAAAAUGGCAAUUGAGCGUGGCAGACCCAAUGUGGCCAUGAGUCAGCAAAUUUGCGAUGCGCUGUUUGAGCUAAAUCGCAUGGAAAUGAGCAAGGUCGAAAUGCAUAAUCAGAAACGCAUGUAUACGGGUGUUAAGGCCAAGACCUUUGAUAUGCGUCUCAUUGUGAUAGAGGAUGUAAUCAAAGAUGCAACUGGCAAGGCUUGUGCCGAGUUUUAUUUAAAGAAUCAAAAGGUAGCCAAAAUAGUCAACGCCAUUAUAAGAGCCAAUGAAUUAAUAGACGAGCGUCCGAGAUGGAAAAUCUUAAAGGAACAAGGCAAAUGCGAUGUGCUCAGCAUACCAGAAGAGGAGGAAGAGAUACUGUCGCCUUUGGAAGCAGCACGUAGACAACGCGCUUUUAAUAUAGCACAUCAGACGUUUUUAAACGAAGCCUGGUUGGAUGUAAGAUUUAUGAAAAAUCUAAACAAAAAUCCCAAUUUAUUUCUACGUCAAUGCAAAUACAGCAAGGAUUUUCUAGAAAUGUUCUCACGCAAGCAAUACGCUAUAGUGCGUAAAUUUAUAAAAAUGAUACACUCGCGCAGUCCGCUCUACUUGGCAAGCUAUUUAAAAUAUGCCAAUAACGAUUUGAGGAAAAAAUCUAGAUCAGCAUUUCUGAAUCGUGUGCAGUAUCAAACGCAUCGUAAUAUGAAUGCAGAUUUGAAAAAAAUCAAGGAACUGCGUCAGAAAAAAGAUUUAAGGGCGCUGCAGCAAUAUGUAGAGAAUAUUAUGGGCGAAUAUUAUGUUAUAAAAACACAGCGUGUUAUGUGCUGGAAAUUUGAAUUCAUCAAUGAAGUUUACAAUACGCUCGCGCUAGCUUUGACUGAACAGUAUUAUGUACCCAAACACUUUAAACCCACUAGCAAAUCCAUGUUUCUGCUGCUGCGUCUAAAGGAGGAUACAUUCAAAGAAGUAAGACCAUUUGUAUUUGGCGAUAGAUCCACCUAUCAGGAUGUGGAUGUAGAAGAUCAAGCAUCGCUUAAGGCCAAACAGUUAAUCGCACGCAUGGAGCGACGUAUUUUGUUUGCAGAUUACUCCAUUGAAAAGUGUUAUCUGUAUCAUCAAAUAGCCAGUGAACACUUUAAACAAGGACGUCAUGAUGAGUGCUGCCUGAACGCACGCAGAGCCAUGAAAGAAUGCAAAAAUUGCAAUAGUUGGAUUUGGGCAUUUCUGGCUUGCAUAUUGAUUGUCAAAUCGAACACAACUUUAUAUAAAGUUGAGCGCACCAAAGAGGCUUUGGAGCUGGGUUAUAACAUAGCACAGAAGCUGAAGAAUCCCGUGCUUAUCAGAUUUAUUGAAGCCUGCAUUUAUUUAACUGAUGAACUCUUUAAGAAAAAAGCGAGCAUGCAAACUGACAGACAAAGCAAAAUUCCUGACAGACAAAGUAAUCGAUCUUUCGAUAGAAAUCAAAUGCAUAUGUAAUUUAAAUCAAAAAAUUUAUUAAGCCUAGCCAUGUGUAAAAACAGAAA